UUCCCCACACCUCCUAUGAGGUCACCGCCGCAGACCACCUGCUCCAACGACAACGUUGGAGGCCAUUGGAACCCGUUUGGGAUGGACACUAAAGAUCCCACCUACCCCUCUGGACCUGGGUCGACCCAUGACCGGUAUGAAGUAGGGGACCUCAGCGCCAGGCAUGGGUCAUUAGAGGGUAAAGCUGUGAUGGACGCAGUUUUCACAGACUUCAACCUCCCUCUGUUCGGACAGAACAGCAUAGUGGGUCGGUCUGUGGUAAUCCACCGUCCGGAUGGAACUAGGUUCCUGUGCGCCUACAUAGGCUACCCAGGAGAGGUGCAUGUAGCCAGGGCUACAUUCCGUCACCCUGUGGUGGGUAUGGUCCAGUUCGUCCAACUCAAGAGCAACCCGUUGUCUGAUGUCACAGUCUUCAUGGAUCUGUCCUAUGGGAGACCCUCCGAGACCGCUACGCGUAACCACCACUGGCACAUCCACAUGUAUCCUAUCAGCUCGGAGACAGACGCGGACAAGGGGAGGUGUGGGACGACGGGGGACCACUGGAACCCCUUCAACGUGGACACAAAGGAUUUGAGCUACGCCCUGCACUGCGGCCCCUCCAGACCCUUUUCCUGUGAGGUGGGGGACCUCUCCAAAAAGCACAGCACCCUCGACCUGGGGACCCGAGUGGGUGGGGCGUCAGCCAAAUACUUCUUCACGGAUACCACUUCCUGGUUGUCACUUCCCGCCAGGUCGGGCUCCAUGAUUGGUCGAUCGGUGGUGAUCCACAGUGCGGAGGGCGCCGCCCCCAGGAUAGCCUGUGCUAACCUCACUGAGGUCCGGAUGCCCGCGGCGGUCUUGGGCCCCUGGCAUGGACCAGGGGUCUCCAGGGGCCAAAUCCGGUUCUCCCAGGCUUUCCCUCAGGGCCCAACCAUGAUGGACGUCUCCCUGGCUGGACUCAGCUCCAGGGCUGGGGGCUACCACGUCCACAUGCUGCCUAUCAGUACCACAGGAGAGCCCUGCUCGGACAACAACGUCAUGGACCACUUCAACCCCUUCUCCUGGAAUGUGUCUGCUUCUCCUGCUGCGGGGUCAGGGACUGUGGAUGAAUAUGAGGCUGGGGACAUCAGCGGGAAGUUCGGGAUGCUGACGGAUCAGAACCAGACACAGACUCGGUAUUUGGACGGGAAUAUGCCGAUGACAGGGCCGAACAGUAUAGUGGGGAGGUCAUUGGUGGUUCACUACACUAACGGAUCCAGGAUGCGGUGUGCUGACGUCUUAGCUGAGAAUGCAACAGAUGGACACUGGGUGUUUGCCAAGGCUGUCUUCAAAAGCACGGUGACAGGGACAGUCACACUGUCCCAGCAGACUUUUCUGGAUGGCAGCUACAGUGACAUCACUCUGGAGGUGGACAUACGGUCAUCACAGGUGCUAGACGUAACAGAGGUUUCCUGGAUCAUCACUGGUAAAGGCUCUGAGGUGAACGACAACCAGUGUACCAGUGUUGGGGACACGUUUAACCCCUUCAACAUGGAAGCUGGGAACUCCAGUUGUUCCCGUGACAACGCUCUGAGUUGUGAGGUGGGAGACCUGACGAACAGACAGGGGACAGUCAGCCUGACACACAGACAGCUGUACACCGACACCAGCAUACAACUGGCUGGGGACUACACAGUGGUCCACAGGUCCCUGGUCCUGAGGAGCGGCAGCGAUGUCUUGGCGUGUGCCAUCAUUCUUCCAGAAUCCCCCUGGGCAGAGCAGACCUUCCCCAACGUCAUGUCUUUCAGCAGAUAUGACUUCCGCAAUAGGGUGGCAGAGGUCCUAGAGGUGAACAUGUCCAGGGUCACCAUCCUUCCAGGGUCUCCUCUAGCCACAGUGGACGGACCAUGCCAGAAAGUCAGCUUCCUUGUCUCAGGGGAGGUGAGUACGGACAAGAUGAACUCUAUCAAAGACAGUGACAAGAUGGGCAUCUUCAAGCAGGCAGAAGGUUGCUCAAGAAGUUCUGGACAACUGCUGGAGCCUGGGCGAUAUCUGGUGAUGUUGACGAUAGCUGCAGCCUACUUCCUACACUCUCUGAUCCAGCAGUAGUUUAUACUGUAGAUCUAGGUUUGCAUCCCAAAUGGCACCCUA